UGUUCCUUGCAUCAAUCAUUAACCACCAAAUGGCUUACACCAUUAGUUUAGUCUUUGUGUUCCCGUAUCAGUACCCUGUAAGUGUGUGAAGUUUGCCUUACAUCAUGCAAUUCUUCCUUUGGUCUGUCUUCGGCCCUGAGAGAAGCUAAAUGAAACGGUCUUCUAAACUUACAACAUUAAAACAGAGCUUUCUGGGUACGUCUACAAUACAAAAGCAGGGAAAUGCCAGCAUACCCUAAUGAUAGAGCCCCGAUCAAAUGUUUAGAGCUCAUUGGAGGUUUAAAGGUCAAAAAAUUUAAGCAGGUAAAGCUCCAGGUAAAGGAACCUCAAAAUCUGUCAAAAUGAGACUGGUGAUGGCUCUGUAACAAACAUGCCCUCCCUGAGCACAUGGGAGAAGGUGGGUGAGUGCAAAAGACGUGAUCACAGCCAGCUGGAUACUUUUAUUGGAUACAGGCAGUACCUGUAGAAAGCACUUACAGCAUAGUCCAUAAUGAUUCAAGUAGCGCUUGUAUUGCCCCUGGCCACCCGCUAAGUUUUUCUGUCCACUCUCACAUGUUAUGUUUAAAUUCUAAUCCCCACCUUGAUGGUUUGAUGCUAUUUGGAGGUGGAGAAUCGAGGAGGUAACUAGGUCACAAGAGUGGAGCCCUUAUUAAUAAGAUUAGUUCAUUUAUUAAAGGGACUCCAGAGCACACCAGCCCUCCUCUCUCCAUAUGAGAAUUCAGACUUAGGUAUCUAAACACAUGAGGCCUCUAACUAGAACCCAACUGUUUUGGUACUCCAAUCUCUUUUGUCCUCCAGACCAGUGCAAAACAUGUAUUUAUUAUUAUUGUUAUUGUUAUUAUCAUUAUUAUUAUUAUUAUUAUUAUAAGCCAUUAACUUUGUGGAAUUUCUUUUACAGCCACCACAAAUUCCUGACAUGCCUGAUUUGAAUGUUUCUAAGUCUAAGUCUUAAUUUAAUAGGUGGGGGUUAGUUCCCAUUACCUGAUAGACUUCAUUAGAAUCCGAGAAUGGUCAAAAUUUAUUCACACCACCAACAAACAUUUAUCUUGUACCCACUUUAUAUCUGGUACUAUAUAGUAGUUAUAAAAAGACACAUGUCUUCUUGGACCAGGUAAGUUGCAAAUCUGCCAUCAUUAGCAUUUGGCACACCAGAGUUACAAGUAUUCAGACAACCCUGCCAACUCUCUAAAGUGAUUUUUAGAAGCUACCAACCUAGAAAAAUGAGGAACAGUUAGAGAUCUAACAGGGUUACAAAUAAAUGGAUAUCUAAAUAGAAGAAGAAUGAGAAGUGCAUGGAAACUAGCCAGAGAGCUGAAGCUAUAGACAGCUAAAAGAUCAAACAGUUCACCUCUAAAAGAAGAGAGAAAAGUAAAGUUGAAAGGUUAAAUCAAAACAGAAAACCAUUCUGUCCAAAGAAAGCUAAAUAUAUAGGUGUGUGUGUGUGUGUGUGUGUGUGUGUGUGUGUGUGUGUGUGUGUGUACUUACUAAAGACAAAAAGUAAAGCAUGUCCUAUACUAUUUUCCAGGAUGUCAAUGAGAUACCUGAAGUAAGUUUCUGAUUGACUCUUACUACAUACAAACAUGAAAAGAUAUAUUCAGGAAAUCAAGUUUAAUACAUGCAUAUAUUAGUUCAUGGAUGCUCAGUUUGGGUUUGCCACAUCCACUCAAAGUUCUGCUUGGGAGAAACACAACAAAAUACCAGAGCUGACAGCCAAACCUCUUCUAGCUCUACUCCCAUUGAAGGACAGGAGGAAACCAGACUGCGGAGAACUGAAUUAGGUGCUGAAAAGUCAGUCCCCAAGGAGCCCGACGUGCCCCCCAGAGUUCAGACCCAAGUGUGCAGUGCCUGGUAUUCUAAGUCUCUGCAGAGGUCAGGCACACGGGGGAGAGAAAACUCAACUCUGGAAGAUCUACUGUUUCCAUGGGAGACAUGAAAUGGCCCCAUCUCCCCAGCAGAUCUACCGUGGGGGCUGUUGUCGGCUUCAAGAAGUAGUCAGAUGUCUAUAACUCACAGAAGACUCAGCAGAACCCAGAAUCCUAGGCACGAGGACAGGUAUCCGAACGGUAGGAAGGGUUAGCUGUGGAGGUUAAUGUUUCAAAGACCCCAAUAUCUCUCUGGUGGAAAUUCUCUUGGUGUCUAAAUCUGCUUCUUUUUACUGGAGAAACACGUCGAAGCGUCAGUUGGUGCUGAGACUGAGAACUCACAAGGGGCUCCUUUGGCCUGAUUGCAAAGGGCGGUGAGGAGAAGAGAGGCUGAUUGAUAGCUGUCAGUGGUCCAGGGUCCAGGCCAGUUGCCACUGUGGAUGUUGUAUCAGUCCUGCCGAACAGAAGCACCUCACGAAAAGACAGGGCUGGGGGGGGGGGGGGCAGAGAGGGAGAGUUGGUUGGUGACUGGAAGGGUAGGCGGUCUUUCUACAACAUCAAUGUGCUUUGAACCUGGAAGAGACAGGCUGGAGGCAGAGCUAACUAACAAGGGUUGCGGGCUUGCCAGCAGCCUCAUCCCCCAAGGGUGAGACUCCUUUCUUGAAAUUUCAGGGUCAAAGAACAAAGAAAAAGCCACAAAGAAGAGAAAUUCCAGACUCUAGCUCUGAGUGGAACAGAGGGGGGAUUCCCUGUCUUCUCCAGUGUUAAGGGGAGGCCAAGGUGCUAAACAGGUCCUGCUGUGUGGAAUCCCAGCCUCCUUCCUGUCCAGGCCUCAAUUCAGUAGUCUUCUCACCACAUACCCUCUCUGCCAACACCAUUCUCAACCAUGGCUGAAAAAACGUCCCUGCCAAUCUUAGCGCCCUGCCUUCAUUAUGGAGCAUGUUGCUAGUGACCUGAUGCUCACAGGUACCCAUUUCUGACCUGUUGUUUUACAAUGACUGAACAUCCCUACUCCAGUCUCCCUCAGAAGCAGCACCUCCUACCCCCACCAGCCUGAGCAAGCACCUUCUUGUCAGUCUCUCCCUCAAAGCCUUGAACCACAGAGACAAGGUUGCUUGUCAAAUCAAAUCACAUGUUAGUCAAAACACCAGCUUACCCGCCCUUGCAUGCCCGCUCUCUUACGUGGCUUGUUUCCUUUACAGUAUAGGAAAACUCCGGUUUAGGGGGCUGUCAUGGAGAUGAUUGUGCAUUUGUGAGAUCAAUAUUUUCCCUAUCGCAGUGUCCUUUUUUUUCUAAUUAAAAUCUCUCCCUACCUCUUCCUGAAAGUCGGAUUGGUUUGCAUGUAACAUUAACAAGAAGCUAAGGGGUCUCCUAGGAGAGUCUGAGACACAUUAGUAGGAAAGAAAGCCUUGGGGCCAGGUGGCUUUUGUCUGUCAUCGGGGAAAACCAAGGACGCCUGUGAAGCAAAGCUCCUACUUGAACUUCAACUUUCUAAAGUGGGAAGAAUUUCACACCAAGGAGCUUGGGGGCUCUGGCUAGGCAAACUAAUUGCAAGUUAAAAAAAUACCGUGCUCCCAGUUAGCAAGAAGGGGGUGUGCUUGGGAACCCUGUAGGGAGGUAAGUCAGGAGCAAGGGGAGGGGGCAGAAGUAGGGGAAGAAGAGAGGGAGCCAGUAGAAACCGCGCUGCUGUGGAUCAACAAAGGUGGGAGAUAAGGAUGUGGGUGGUCUUGUUGUCCCAGCACCCCGAGGUGUCUACAAGGCGGCAGCCGUGGCGGCGGUGGCCAGAGCAGCAGCCGUACAAUCAGCGAGCGGGACGGAGUUAGGACCGCUCGGAGCGCCCAGGUCUCGAGGUAGUAUAAGGUUUUUUGCAAUCCUUCCACUCGCUGGCAGUUGCAGAAGAUCUGCUUUUUAAGUGAGAAGAACACGCCACCCCUCCGAGGGCUGCGGCUUCCCGGGGCUGUUUCGUCGCUAGUCGCUUUGCCGGCCCCUGGCGCUCACUCUCUAAUUCGUCCGCGCCCCUAAGUUUGCCGAGAGCAGGCUGCGGGCUGGGAGCAGGGUCCCGGCCGGGCGCCGCGGGCGGGGGCUGGGAAGCCGCGAACCGCAAUCCAGAAGCAUCUUGGGGCCAUGUAUAUUUCAUCAAACGGACUUUGGGUGCGUCGCGUCUCGCAGCCAUCAACGCUAUGUGCAGUGACAUUUCUGACUUGAGUGGAGGAAUGCGCGAAGGAAACCGGGGCAAAAUUGCUUCGAGAGGCUCUUCUUGGCGCCAAGGCUAAUUGUCCUGAUUUAUGUCGCUUCUGACAAAAAAGAAAAAAAAAAAGACCCAACAUCUUCAUCUGAAAUAAAAUGAAAGCGGUGCCGAGCGGGAUAGAACCGCCCGGCCGCUGGUUCUGAUCCCCCGGGAUCGGGGGGAAAAAAAAAUCGUUCUGCGGCUUAAAAGAAAAGAAAGAAGAAAGGAAUAGAAAUAGAGAAGAGGGAGAGAAAACCCACAGUAAAAGUUUAAGACGAGAAGUGGCGGUGGCGGCGGCGCGGGGAGGCUGCGAGCGGAGACGGCUGGCGAGACCUUGGAAGGCAGCGAUUUGGUUCCUAAUCCCACUGUAUUUUUGGAGGGAGAGGCACCUUUCUCAUCCUCCCUUCCUCUCCGCCCACCCCUCUCCCUCCCCCUCAUCUACCUGUCAAAGUCACUGAUCUUUUGCAUUUUGGAAGAGGACGUCAACGGGAAGGAAUUCCCCCUGUCCGGGUCCCGGCUCCGAGAGGGGCGACGCGCGACGAGGCUGCCCCAGGGGCGCGAGGCCAAGGUGUUGGUACCAGAAGAAAAAGGAAAAUGAUUGCUGGGAAACAGACACAGGACCAUAGACACUCAUCCUUGUGCUUCAGAUACUGAUCCAUCUUCACACCUGAGCAGCCCCAGUGAACCCUGAAUGCUGAGGAUCACUCAGGAUUAUCGAAUGUACAACGGGAGAGCCAUCACUUUGCUAAAUUAUUAUCUUCUCCUGGACAUCUUUCACAAAAGUCUAAUAGAUAUGUUCUACGAGGAGAAAAGGCUGCAAGCUGUUAACGCCUAACACAGAAGCACAUUAGGCUUCCACCAAAGUCCUCAACGUACCUGACCACACACAGUAUUUCAAUCUAUCACAUUUGGUUUUGGAAUCUGCUUUGAGACUUCAGCAUAUUUUUUUUUUUAAUAUACAGACCUACCUACAUAAAGACACACACACACACACACACACACACAAUACUCAUGUAUAUGUAACGGAGACACUGACUGCAAAUAAGACACGAAGACUGCCAAGAUUUUAGAGAUGUAUUUGUCAAGAUUCCUGUCGAUUCAUGCCCUGUGGGUUACAGUGUCCUCUGUGAUGCAGCCCUACCCUUUAGUGUGGGGACAUUACGAUGUAUGUAAAACUCAGAUUUACACAGAAGAAGGGAAAGUUUGGGAUUAUAUGGCCUGCCAGCCGGAAUCCACGGACAUGACAAAAUAUCUGAAGGUGAAACUGGACCCUCCGGAUAUUACCUGUGGAGACCCUCCUGAGUCAUUCUGUGCAAUGGGCAACCCUUACAUGUGCAAUAACGAGUGUGAUGCAAGCACUCCUGAACUGGCACACCCUCCCGAGCUGAUGUUUGAUUUCGAAGGAAGACAUCCCUCCACCUUUUGGCAGUCUGCUACUUGGAAGGAGUACCCCAAACCUCUCCAGGUUAACAUCACUCUGUCUUGGAGCAAAACCAUUGAGCUCACAGACAACAUAGUUAUUACCUUUGAAUCGGGGCGACCAGACCAAAUGAUCCUGGAGAAAUCUCUCGAUUACGGACGAACAUGGCAACCCUAUCAGUAUUAUGCCACAGACUGCCUCGACGCUUUUCACAUGGACCCGAAAUCGGUGAAGGAUUUAUCCCAGCACUCGGUCUUAGAGAUCAUUUGCACAGAAGAGUACUCCACCGGGUACUCCACGAAUAGCAAAAUAAUUCACUUCGAGAUCAAAGACAGGUUUGCGUUUUUUGCUGGGCCUCGACUACGAAAUAUGGCUUCCCUCUAUGGACAGCUGGAUACAACCAAGAAACUCAGAGAUUUCUUCACAGUCACGGACCUGAGGAUCAGGCUAUUGAGACCUGCCGUUGGGGAAAUAUUUGUAGAUGAGCUCCAUUUGGCACGUUACUUUUAUGCUAUCUCAGACAUAAAGGUGCGAGGAAGGUGCAAGUGCAACCUGCAUGCCACUGUGUGUGUGUAUGACAACAGUAAACUGACAUGUGAAUGUGAGCACAACACGACAGGUCCAGACUGUGGGAAAUGCAAGAAGAAUUAUCAGGGCCGGCCUUGGAGUCCAGGCUCAUACCUCCCUAUCCCCAAAGGCACAGCAAACACCUGUAUCCCCAGCAUUUCCAGUAUUGGUAACUGUGAAUGCUUCGGCCACUCCAAUCGGUGCAGUUAUAUCGAUCUGCUAAACACAGUCAUUUGCGUGAGCUGUAAACACAACACUAGAGGGCAGCACUGUGAGUUAUGCAGGCUGGGCUACUUCAGAAAUGCUUCUGCACAGCUGGACGAUGAGAAUGUGUGCAUAGAGUGUUAUUGUAACCCUUUGGGCUCAAUCCAUGAUCGUUGUAAUGGCUCAGGAUUUUGUGAGUGUAAAACUGGAACGACAGGGCCUAAGUGUGAUGAGUGUCUGCCGGGAAAUUCCUGGCACUACGGCUGUCAACCUAAUGUCUGCGACAAUGAGCUCUUGCACUGCCAGAAUGGAGGGACCUGUCACAACAACGUGCGCUGCCUGUGCCCGGCCGCCUACACUGGCAUCCUCUGUGAGAAGCUGCGGUGUGAAGAGGCAGGCAGCUGUGGCUCCGACUCCGGCCAGGGAGUACCCCCGCGGGGCUCCCCCGCACUGCUGCUGCUGACUGUGCUGCUGGGGACAGCCAGUCCCCUGGUGUUCUAGGGAGUCACACCAGCCCUCCAACAGGCCUGUGCUGUGGGGGAAGCAAACUCCACCCGAGCGAUUGCUACUAACAUAGAAAACACGCACACCCACUCCAACACAGUGUACAAACGAAGAGGGCCUAACUGAACUAAGCCAUAUCUCUCAGACCUGGACAGCACAUCGGAGUCAAGACUGUUCAUCACUGACUCCAGAGGAAUUGGCAGCUGUGGCUGCUAUCACUGCAAAUCUCAUUGCCAGCUGCAGAGCCGAUUGCGGAUUGGGAAGGCUGUGAGAGCGCCCCCAGAAAGGAAAGACAAAAACAAACUGAUCAACCAACCUAAAAAAAAAAACAAAACAAAACAAAAAAAAACAUUCGCUACUCUACCGUGGUGCACCCUAGUACCGCUCUGCCCAGUGUGUGGACCAACCAAAUAGAAGCAUUCUUUGCUGUCAGGUGCAUUGUGGGUAUAAGGAAAUCUGUUACAAGCUGCCAUAUUGGCCUGCUUCAGCUCCCACCCCCAACCCCACCCUGAAUCCCUUCCAACCUGUGCUUUAGUGAAAGUUGCUCUGUAACCCUUGUUGGUUGAAAGAUUUCUUUGUCUGAUGUUAGUGAUACACAUGUGUAACAGACCCCCUCCAAAAGCGCAAGCCAGUCAUAUCCCUGUACAUUUUAGGAGCACUGAGACCCCCCAGUGCCAGCUCACACCCACUUCACAAGAGUGGUUAGAGGAAAGAGAAAGUGUAUCUAUCCUUUUGUAUUCAAAUGAAGUUAUUUUUCUUGAAAUACUGUAAGAUGUAGAUUUUUUGUAUUAUUGCCAGUUUAUGUUACCAGACAAUCUGUUAAUGUAUCUAAUUCGAAUCAGCAAAGACUGACAUUUGAUUUGUGUCCUCCUUGGUUUUGUUUUGUUUCAUUGUGCAGAGAUUUCUCUGUAUGGGCAACGAGCGUGCUGGCAUCAAAGAAUAUCAGUUUACAUAUAUAGCAAGUGUAAUAAGAUUCCACCAAAGGACAUUCUAAGUGUUUUCUUGUUGCUUUAACAUGGAAGAUUUCAAGAAUAAAAAUUCCCGCAUAAAUGGUAUCAGGAAUUUGUAUUGCCGUUUCUUAGAUGAAAGGAGCAACCAUCCAACAGUUUCACACUCGCUUCACUGAUGUUGUGUGGACGGAACACAGUCAGCUGACCGACUCUAGUAGCCCAGGAAGACGGAUUGAUGGUCACUAGCUUGGACAACGUCUGCAAAAUAUGAGACUAUUUUCCACCUGGGAAAAAAUUAUAACUGCAAGAACAGAAAGAAGUAUCUAAGUGAUUGCCAAGAUUAUGCCAAAGCCUGUUGGCGGAUACUAAGAGACUUUUAUUUUUAAGUCAUGCUAUUUUCACAGAUUUAUGGUGAUCAUGUGACUCUAGGGAUGCUGAUCUAUGUAUCCUUCCAAAUACAGUGUUUACAUGGAGUAUCAUAAGAGGCCACCUGGGGAACCAGGACAGCAGCAGGGAAAUUGAGUGAUUAGCAAUUUGACUUUGACUAUAUUCUAAGUAUUUAAAUGAAAUAUCAAAAUAUACAGCAGCAAGUAGACAUAACUGCUGCUCCUGAGAAUAAAGUCUGUUUCAAGUAC